AUGGCUUUCCACGUAGAAUCAUUUAGUCCAAUGGAGCUGGAUGUAUUCGAAAAAUCAUUUGAAACUAGGCCGUUCGACCCUUUAGAAAUGGACAUUUAUACCGCUUGUAAAAAUCUAAUACCAAAAAUUGAAAGAAUUCGCCAUUCGAAUCAAGCUGAUGCGUUAGAACACUCCUAUAACUUAAUAACCUCUUUUUUAACAAGCGAGAACCAUAAUGAUCCUGCGAUAAAACCGCCUUCGACACGCGAACUAUUGAAUUGUUUAUCAGAUUUACUUCUACACCCACUGCUUACUUUAUUAAUCGCGGAACUAUUUCGUCCGAUCUUGAUUGAUCUAACUUCUCGUUGGUUAUUACCGCGGGAUAUUACGCACACAUCCACAUUUAUAUACUCCCGAAUUGAAAACGUGGCUUCUGCUUUCAGUCAAUUACUACCUAUAGCACCUCAAUUUUUUGCUGUUACACUCUUUUCUCAAUCUCCUUCAAUAUUUUCAGGACUUGACUCUUUGAAUCAAAAUGAAUGUAACAAGGAUGCACGUAUUUUAUCAACAAUAUUUUUCUUGUCAAAUCACUACCCGUAUCGACUUUUAAGAUUUUCUACGACCACAUUCUCCCGUUUAUGGGAUUGGUCCACACUCAUUCAAUUGCUGACACAUUCAAAUAAAGCUAUUCGUUAUUUAACCUUGUGUUGUUUGGGAAUUGUUUUUGGUCUAAGUGAGAAUCAAAAGGAAAAGGCGUAUAAUAAAUGGAUUGGUCCAAAAAAUGAACCGGUUUUGAUAGAUUUGGACAAUGGCGAAACACUAGAUGUUCGAAUGUUAAUUAUUUUCGACAAAGUGAUACAUUAUAAGCAACAGUUUAGUUUGCUCCAAAAUGAUUAUAGCAGUUCGUCAUUAACAGAAUCGCGUAUAUUACAAGAUGAUGAUUUAUCACCGUUAACUGUCAAAAUUUCUAAAGUUUUACUACAAAGAUUAAAUCCAUCCGAGAAUACUACAUCAAAAGUAAAGAAACGACUUGUGAUGACUGAUACAACACAAAGAAAUUUAAAUGAAAUAUGUUUGGCGCUUUCUAUGGGUUCACCAGUUUUACUUGAAGGUGUUACUGGUUCAGGAAAAACAUCAUUGAUAGAAGAAAUUGCGAUUGCAACUGGGCGCGAUGAAGAGCUUGUAAAAAUUCACUUGGGUGAUCAGACAGAUGCAAAAGUACUCUUAGGAACUUACGUUUCUACAUCCACUCCUGCCACAUUUCGUUGGCAGCCUGGAAUACUCACUACUGCCGUACGUGAUGGAUGUUGGGUUUUGAUUGAAGAUAUAGAUCUCGCGUCAAUGGACGUGUUAUCUAUCUUAUUUCCUUUACUUGAAACUGGUCAAAUUUUCAUUCCAGAUAAAGGUCAAAAAAUUUUUGCCAAACAAGGCUUUCAAUUAUUUGCUACAAGGAGUUUAUUAUCUGACUCUGAUAAUGGGAUUUCAAAAAGGCAAAUGACUGAUUCUGAUAUCGGUCAUACAUUAUGGACAAAAAUUAAAAUACAAUCUCAAAGUAUUGAUGAAUUAGAAUUUAUAGUUGCAAAUCGUUUUGAAAGUUUACGGGAUUUAGUUCCUGAUAUUAUACAUGUUUAUAAAGCUAUGGUUUCCAUUUAUCAGGAUGUUACAAUGUUAUCAUCAAAUGUACUUAGAUUUAUAUCUGCUCGUGAUUUGAUGAAAUGGUGUAAGAGAAUCGAAUUUUUUACUAGUUCAAAUGAUCAUAUGUCUUAUAGUCAAGGUCUUUCAAGUCAAGUGCGAGAAGGACUUUUUAAAGAAGCAGCAGAUUGCUUUUGUGCCAUGAUUUCAGACCAUAAAAGUUUGAUAAUGGUAUUAGAAAAACUUGGUGUGACUCUAGGGAUGACAGAUCAAUGGGUUCAAUUCUAUGUAAAUUCUUAUAUUCCGAACAUUAAUAUUGAAGAUAAAGAUAUUAUAAUUGGGAGGGCUCGGUUUCUUUCAGUGAAUCGCAAAAAAAAUAUAAAUAUUAAACGUGAAUCACAGCAACAACCAUUUGCCAAUACAGGUCAUACUUUAAGAUUAUUGGAACAGAUUGCAGUUUGUGUUCUUUUAUGUGAGCCUGUCCUAUUAGUUGGUGAAACUGGAACCGGUAAAACGGCUACAAUUCAAUAUUUAGCAGAACUUAUGCAUCAAAAUCUUAUCGUUGUUAAUUUGUCACAGCAAGGUGAUAGCAGUGAUCUUCUUGGAGGUUUUAAGCCGGUUGAUGCAAAAGUUAUAGUUACUCCCUUGAAAGAGGAAUUUGAUAAGUUAUUUAGAAAAACUUUUUCUGUACAAAAGAAUUCUCGUUUUUUAGAAACUGUACAUAAAAUGUAUGUUACCAAGAAAUAUUCAAGAUUAAUAUCUUUAAUGCAAGAGGCAAUUAAAUUAUCUGAGAAAAGUUUUAAUACGGAACAAAGUCAAGAUGAACAAAAAAAUUCACGAAAAAUAUCGAGUCCUGAGUUAAGAAAUCAGUGGAAAUUAUUUGAAAAUUCUGUUAAAGAAUUUCAAUAUCAACUUGAUCAAAUACGUAACAAAUUUGUUUUCAAAUUUAUUGAUGGUUCUUUAGCGAAUGCGGUUACAAAAGGAGAUUGGAUUCUUUUGGAUGAAAUUAAUUUAGCAUCAACAGAAACUUUAGAAUGUUUAAAUAGCAUUCUUCAAGAUCCUGAAAGCUCUUUGUUAUUAAUUGAAAAAGGUGAUUCUAAACCAAUCAUUCGUCAUUCAAAUUUUAGAAUUUUCGCUUGUAUGAAUCCUGCAACUGAUGUAGGCAAGCGAGACCUUCCACCUGGACUACGCAGUAGGUUUUCGGAGUUUUAUGUUAAUUCUCCAGAUAGUAGACGGGAUGAUUUGUUGUGCAUUGUAAGAAAAUACCUAUCAGGAUGUAUUCAUGGUGAAGAGCGUGUCUGUGCUGAUAUAGUUAAUUUUUAUUUGGAGGUAAAGGAAUUACAACGACAGCAUAAGCUUGUUGAUGGAUCAAAUCAACGUCCUCAUUUUAGCAUGAGAACUCUUACUCGUGCAUUGAGUGUUGUCUCUCAAAUUACACCAAUGUAUGGAUUAAAACGUUCUAUUUAUGAGAGUUUUUGUAUGACAUUUUUGACUCAGUUGAAUAAAGAAAGUGGAAUAAUAAUGCAAGAGUUGAUUGAAAACUGUUUGUUAAAUGGUGUUAAUUCUAAGGCUUUAAUUACUCAAAUUUCACGACAGCCGUCUAACGGUAGUUAUGUUCAAUUUGGAUGUUACUGGUUAAAAAUUGGAAAUUAUCCUUCAAAAGAAGUAUCAAAUUAUAUCUUAACUCCUUCGGUAAUGAAAAAUUUGAACAAUUUAGCGAGAGUUGUUAUGAGUAGUAAGUUUCCAGUGUUGCUUCAAGGCCCUACCUCAGCUGGAAAAACUAGUAUGAUUCAUUAUUUAGCUCAAAGGACUAAUCAUCGGUUUAUGAGGAUUAACAACCAUGAACAUACCGAUCUUCAAGAAUAUCUUGGUAGUUAUGUUACAAACAGUGAAGGGAAACUUGAGUAUCAAGAAGGGGUACUUGUUGAAGCUGUGAGGAAAGGUUAUUGGCUUGUGUUAGAUGAGUUAAAUCUUGCACCUACUGAUGUAUUAGAAGCUUUAAAUCGUCUUUUAGAUGAUAAUAGAGAACUUUUUAUUCCUGAAACACAAGAAAUGAUUAAACCACAUAGUGACUUUAUGCUUUUCGCGACUCAAAAUCCACCCGGAUUAUAUGCCGGACGUAAAGUACUUUCUCGUGCAUUUCGUAAUCGGUUCAUUGAGAUACAUUUUGAUGAUAUUCCGGAAGAGGAACUAGAAACUAUUCUUUCGGAAAGAUGUGCUAUUGCUCCAUCUCAUUGUAAACGUAUGGUCCAAGUUUAUAAAAAACUCAUGGAACAACGUCAAAGUACAAGAAUAUUUGAAAAACAGCAUGGAUUUAUUACAUUAAGAGACUUAUUCCGUUGGGCAAAAAGGGGUGCAAUAGAUUAUAAGGAAUUGGCUGAACAAGGUUUUAUGCUUUUGGCAGAGAGGGUAAGAAAGCCUGACGAAAAAUUAUUUGUUAAACAGGUAUUAGAGACGGUAAUGAAAGUAACUAUCGAUGAAAAUUCUAUGUACGAUUGCUCUAAAUUGGAAGAGUUUAAAAUGUAUUCAAAAAAUUAUAUUGUUUGGACAAAAGCUAUGCAACGACUAUUUAUGCUUGUUGCACAAUGUUUAAGGUUUAAUGAGCCUGUCUUAUUAAUUGGUGAAACUGGAUGUGGCAAAACGUCAGUGUGUCAGGUGUUGGCUGAAGCUCGACGAACUGACUUAUACGUUUUAAAUUGUCAUCAUAGCACUGAAACUGCGGAUUUGCUAGGUGGACAAAGGCCGUUGAGGAAUAGAGAUGUUUUGAAUUCUGAACUUAAACACGAUAUUUCCGAGUACUUGAAACAUCAUGAACAACAUGAUAUAGAUUUGGAAAAGCUUGAUUUAUGUGAUUUGGUUAGACAUCUUGAUCUUGUUUCCAAAGAUGAACAGAACUUACAAAUUGAUAAAGAUAAAGCAAAACAAUUAUCAUCAAGAUGUAAACAGUCUUGUACUUUAUUUGAAUGGAAUGAUGGACCGCUUGUUAAGGCCAUGAAAGGUGGAUCUUUUUUUUUACUAGAUGAGAUUUCCUUAGCUGAUGACUCUGUUAUAGAACGUCUUAAUAGUGUUCUUGAACCUCAUCGAAGUUUAACAUUACCGGAAAAAGGAGGAAAGUGUAUUGAAGAAUUCGUUGCUGAAAUAGGGUUUCAAUUUUUGGCGACCAUGAACCCCGGAGGUGAUUAUGGGAAAAAAGAGCUGUCACCUGCUUUGAGAAACCGAUUUACAGAGAUUUGGGUCCCACCAGUAUCAAGUGAGGAAGAUCUGUUGCAAAUUAUUAGUUCACAACUUAUAUAUCCUGAGUCAAAAAAUGUUGGACUGUCGAUUUUAGAAUUUAUAAAUUGGUUUUUUCAUAUACUUGGUAAUCAAGUCGCAAUUAUUAGUCUUAGGGAUAUUUUAUCAUGGAUAAACUUUAUUAAUGUCAUUAUAGGACAGCUUGGUCCCAAAGAAUCAUUUAUUCAAGGGGGGUGUCUAGUAUUCUUGGAUGGACUUGGAUCGAGUUCCGCAUCGCGCAUAUUACUAUCAGGCCAAACUUUAAAAGAUAUUCGAAUGAAAUGUUUUACGAAAUUGAAAGAAUUAAGCAAUAAUUUUGCUGUAUUUGAGUCAAUUGUUAAUUUUGAUUGUGAGCCAAUUAAAAUUAAUUCCACUGAAACUCAUUUUGGUAUUAAUUACUUUUCUAUACCUAAAGGACCACAUAUAUCUCAUGAUAUUACUUUUACUUUGCAAGCACCUACGACUUCAGAUAAUGCUAUGCGCAUUCUUCGAGCUAUGCAAGUUCGAAAACCCAUUUUACUGGAAGGCAGUCCAGGUGCUGGUAAAACUAGUUUGGUCACCGCAUUGGCAGCUGCGUCAGGUCACAAGCUUGUUCGUAUAAACUUAUCUGAUCAAACCGAUUUGAUCGAUUUGUUCGGUUCAGAUCUUCCUGUUGAAGGUGGAAUAAGUGGUGAAUUUGCAUGGCGAGAUGCACCAUUUUUACAAGCAAUGAAAUCAGGGGAUUGGGUAUUGUUAGAUGAGCUUAAUCUUGCAUCACAAUCUGUAUUGGAGGGUCUCAAUUCUUGCUUAGACCAUCGUGAAGCGAUAUACAUACCAGAAUUAGACAAGGAAUUCUUUUGUGCUAAAGAAUUCCGCGUUUUUGGUGCGCAAAAUCCUUUGCAUCAGGGUGGAGGUAGAAAAGGCCUCCCUAGAUCAUUUAUUAAUCGAUUCACACAGGUUUAUAUUGAUCAACUCACAAAUAAUGACUUACUCUUUAUAUGUAAGAGCUUAUUUCCACAAAUAAAAGAAGUAGUUUUGGAAAAGAUGAUAAAGUUUAAUACUCGGAUAAAUGAGGAUAUAAUGAUUAAAUGCUUAUAUGGGCGAAACGGGGCUCCGUGGGAAUUCAAUUUACGAGACAUAUUCCGUUGGCUUGAACUACUUAGUAAAGAUUACAGCCUUGGAUUUUAUUCUUCACCUGAUGAGUAUUUGGAUCUCAUCUAUCUUCAGAGAAUGAGAACUGAACAAGAUAGGGAUUGUAUUAUUUCAGUAUUCAAUGAAAUUUUUGGUCAGAAUUAUCAACGACCAAAAUAUCCAUAUUAUCAUAUUGAUCCUAAAUUUAUUCAAGUGGGUCAUUCACUCAUAGAACGCGAAGAUUCUCAUUUAACUCAUUCUUCAAUAAAUAAGUUGCAUAUUUUACAAUCUCAACUACGUCCAUUGCAAUCAUUAAUGAAAUGUGUUGAAAUGAAUUGGAUGGUGAUAUUAACCGGUCCUGAAGCGUCUGGAAAAACUAAUUUAGUAAGGUUACUUUCAAACCUCACCGGAAAUCCGCUUGAAGAAUUUGUAAUGAAUAAUUCUGUAGACACUAUUGAAUUAUUAGGUGGAUUUGAACAAUUUGAUUUAUCCCGACAUCGUCAAAUUGUAAUUAAUGAGUUACUGAACUUGACUAAUGAAGUUACCAAAGAUGUGCUUUUAUCAACGCAUGCACAACUAUCAAAUUCUAAUUUCCAAACUGAUAAUGUUGUGCAAACUCUGAUGCAACUUAAUCAUGUAUUAUUCACUCUAAAAAAUUAUUUCAAAUUUAACACGCGCUUGGAUUAUUCAAUAGUUGAUCACUUACUGUCAUUACUUGAACAGACCAUUUCAAGUUAUGGUUUGGCCUUAACAAUUAAAUGGCAUGCAAUAUUUGAUAAAGUCACUAGUUUGAAGUCCAAGGAAAAUGAACCAGUUUCAGGUCUUUUUGAAUGGGUUGAUGGUGUAAUAAUUAAAGCAUUGCAGAAUGGUCAUUGGUUAUUAAUUGAUAAUGCUAAUCUUUGCAAUCCAUCAGUUCUUGAUAGGCUCAAUUCUUUACUUGAACCAAAUGGUGUCUUAAUGGUAAACGAGCAUAGUAUGAUUAAUGGUGAAAUAAGGAUGAUUCGUCCUCACAAAAAUUUCAGGCUAUUUAUGACUCUUAAUCCAAAAAAUGGAGAAUUGUCACGCGCAAUGCGAAAUCGUGGUGUAGAAAUUGCAUUAGUAAAUACGGAAUUGAUUGAAAAUCAGCAAGAUUUGACAAGACUUGCCAAUAGUUUUGGGCUUUGGCAUCCUUGUUUUCCAGCUGCUAUGGAAAAAUUUAUAAGCGAAAUUAAUAAUAAUAUGUCAUUGUCCUGUAAAUUUCGACCAACCUUAAGAUGGUACAUUAUGAUUGUGAAGAUGGUGAAUGAAAGAAUUCAGCGUGGUGAUAACUUUUCACAAGCUUUAAUUUCUUCAUUGCAACAGGCUUGUCAUUGUAUUGACAAUUAUAACUUUGAAAUGUAUUCUCAAGAUUUUAUCAAAGCCUAUGAAUUCGAUAAAAUAUGUUUUUCAUCCAACACGUUAUUAUCUUCUAAUUAUCCAUUCGUUGUUGAUGGUGAUCUAUAUAAAAAUGAAUCAAUUUUGGCCAAAAUCUGUUUGCAAGCAUCUCAUCUCUUACAUAUCGUGCUCAAAUGUGAGAUAUCUGCAGGCCAUGAUACAAAAUCACACAUACCGAGACCAUUACUUGUAGCUAGUGAAUGUUUUGUUGAGAUGACUUCAUUAGAAGAUUUUCCAAUACGGCAAUAUUGGGUUAAUUUUGUUUUCUCUGCAAUGCAAUCUUCGCAUUUAUUAGCUAAUAAUAAGCAAAGUUCCUUGGAUUAUACCCAAUUUCUACUAAAUAAAGUUAUAAAUCAUCCUCUUGCUAUUCAACUUGCUGACAUUAAAAGUCGAUUAGCUUAUGAAAUCGGUCUUGAUGUGUCCUAUAUGUCAUAUCAGCCUCUUGACAUUACAAGUAAUCUUCCUUUAAUCAAUUCAAUUGAUGUAUACGUGUCCAACCUUUGUGAUAACUUGAAAACUGGUAUAAUCCAUAUGUUAUGGAAAGAAUAUUUCUCAAAAAUCAAAUCAUUUUAUUUAUUGAGACAUAUUUUGCGAAAUGAAUAUGUUGAAAACGCGACCUAUGAACAAGCCAUGCUGCAAAAAGUCUCAAAUCUGACUUUGGCACAGCAGUCAUAUUGUUAUCAUCAGGGAAGAAUUUCUGAGAGCCAGUUAAACAAUAAGAUUUUUGGGAUUAUAUAUCUCUUUUUGGAAAAAUCAAGACAAUGUGUCCUUUCUUGUAUUGAUAGAGAGUUAAAUGAUGAUGAGUUGUCUUUGUUAUUUGAGUUUAUAAAACAACGAGAUUUCUUAUGGGAAUGUUUGCAGCAAUCAUCUCUCGACAUCGGAGAGUUAUUUACAUGCACCAAAAUACUUUAUGGGAUAACAGCUUCGUUAUGCGAAAAAUAUCAAGAAAUUAUGCGCCCUUUACGUGAUAUUUUGAGCACUCUGAUUGAAGCUACAGCCUUGACGACUGGAUUAUUUAUGGAUAUACUAUGGAAACAUUUUCAUCAUAUAUCCCUUAGAAAUAUGGAUCUUUUUCUACUUCAGCAAGAGUUAUUGUCAAUUGAAAACGAAUUGGAUAAAUAUGAUAUAGAUCAAGAUAGUGCAUAUAGCAUAAAAAUAAUGCUGGUUGAUGCAGCUGCAACAUUAUACUUCCUCGACGAAUGUACGGAUGCUGAUUCUAUUAAAUUAUUGGAUUCAAUAAAGAAGAUUCUAGUGCAUGUUCGAACAAAGCUUGCUACUACUCGCUUAAAGUCUAUUGAUCCUGAUGUCAAGCCUUCCUUGCAAGAUCCAUGUGAGCCGUUCAAUUGCAUAAUGGACUAUUGGAGUGUUAUUUACGAGAUGCAAAUUAUCAGCCAACUUCAAUUUAUUGCUGCGCAAGGAUUUAAGUCUACAAAUGUUGAGUAUAGUACAAUACUUUGUCAGAUGUCUGAAUUUCGCGAUUGGAUGCUAAUAAAUUCGAAAAGAAAACCAUUAGACUUUACCCCACAUCAACAACUUCUCUGGAUAUACGGAAAUGAUGUCAAUGUUCCUAAGGACAAAGCCGAACGCAUAUUGAACAAUAUUAUUCAGGAUGUCUUAUAUGGCUGGCACAAUAAACUAUGGAAUAGCAGCUUCAGUAAUUUUAUUGUGGAUAAUGAUGCGAUUGACUUAAAAUUUUCAAGGGCAAGCCCUGCUAGAUUAUUUCAAAGCGUUUUUAGCGAAUAUUAUUUUAAAUUCACGCUACAAUCUAUAUCUAUCGGUUCAUUCAAUUCUGCAUUAACUUGCCUUGAAAAUUUUGAAAAGCAAAUCGGAAAUAAAUUAGUCUUUAAAACAAAUCGAAUGAACAUCGAUAUUGCAUGCCUUGUGCAGCAUAUUAAGCAGAUUUUCCUUCCACUUAGUCAUUUAUUUUCGUCGGAAUCUUGGCACGAAAUAUGUCGCAAUCUUGAAAUUGUUCUUAAUGCAACUAAAUGUUUACCGGUUCUCAAGACGAACGAUACUAUUGUUAAUUCACUUGAUGCUAUGUCUGUCGCCUUGAAAACAGCACACGAUUCGUUCUUUCUUCUUGCAUUAGAUCGAUGGUUUAUUCCAGUAGUUAAUUCCAUUUCAACCAUUUUCAAAAAAGAAUGUGCACAUACAUAUGACGAGUUGUUAGUGAAAAUCGGACACGCAUGGGUCUUCCUUGCAUUGGGUUUUAUUACAUUGUAUGUUCCAAAUUAUCCCUUUGACCCAACGAUGGAAACCUCUUUUAAAUGUAAGCAAUUGCAAUUUAUGCAAUCCCAAUUAGAAAUUGAAAUCAAUGUACGUGCCGAUGUUGAACGGUAUAUGACUGGUGAGUCUACAAAUAAAACCGUUAAGAAUUUAAAGCAAAAUUUAGACGAUGUUAGAUCGCUUUUGACGAGUAAAUCUGUCGAGUUGGCAUUGCGUCCAGAUGUUUCUCAAAUUAACGAGCUUUUUAGACAUAUACAUUACCUUUGUAACAAUGUUAUAGAUGUAUCACAUAUUCUAACACUUCUGGAUGAUUUGGAAAAAGGAAACGAUUCGUCUGUUCUUGAGCGUGAGAUUUUAUUACAAGAGAACACAUUACAAUUUAUUCAACGAAUGAAUCAAAAUUACCCACUUUAUCGUGAUUUACUUCAACCAAUUUGUAUUUCUAUUUUUCAAUUAAAACAUGGUAUUAGGCUGGCUACAUCAUCUUUCAAAAGGUUGAACUCUUCACAUAAGUUAACAAUCUUUAAUGUGCUGAAAUGUCUUUUAUCAAUUACCAAAUUGGGAUAUCCAUUAGAGUGCAUUGAGAUACUUGCUUCGUCUGAUUCAUUGAAAAACAUUAAAAAGUUUAUUUUUUCUGCAGAGUGUGAUAUUGAUAGAUGGGAUAAAUAUUUAGAAUAUAUUGUUGUCGUUCUUCGAUGUUUAUAUUCUCAUAUAUCAAAGCGUGGUCAUAUAAUCUCUAAAGAUUUGGAAUUUAUUCAAAGAAUAUUCGGAGAAAUAGCAGACGUAUACGUUGCUGCUGAAGAUCAAAAGAAGAAAAUCGCUUACGAAAAAGAAUGUUUAUACAAAAAUAAAACUAAAGUGUAUUCUAAUAUUACUGACGAGCAAGCUGCUGAAGCAGAGAUUAAGCAGAUGUUUCCGGAUUUUAGUCAGGAUUUUGAUGACACAAGCGAUGAUAAUGAGUUAGACGAUUCACCAUCAAGGUUAUUAGAAGAAGUGAUAAUUAUCAAAGAUGAAAUUAUUAUAAAUAUAUGCACAUUAUAUAAAAUGUUUGUCAGUGACUUUAAUUUAUAUUGUGCAAAAUAUGUUGAAGACUGCCCAAAGGCAAUUCAGCAGACAUUCUGGGCGACUUUUAGCAUGGCACGAGAUCUUACUUCACUUAAUAACAGAUUAUAUUCUGAAGAACUUGAUGAUGCAUUUGGAACAUGCACAUUAUUAGGCACGUCAAUAUUAAAAAAUUGGCUUGUGGGAAAGGAUGAAAUUAUAAAUACAUGUAGCUUAAUUAAUAAAGAUCCAGAGAUGUAUGAUUUCUAUAAAGAUCAUAACAUAUUUGAAGCAAAAAAGUUAAUUCCUGUGAUCACAAACUUGCAACAACGUAUUACAGAAUUGAUCAUAAUGUGGCCUGAACACGCAGUACUUCACCAAAUUAAUAAUAUUUGUGAAAGAAUCAAAGGAUUUAAUUUAAAUUCACCUAUUGCAAAAUUCCUUACAGGAUUAGAAAUUUUAUUACAAAAAACUGAAGAUUGGGAAACAUAUGCUAGUAGAGAUACAACAAUUAAAUCAUAUCAGAAAGAGAUUAUUGGACUUAUUAUUCAGUGGAGACAACUCGAAUUGACGUGUUGGCCAAAAUUAUUGGCUGUACAAGAAAAAUAUUAUGAAUUAUCCGCAUCCAAAUGGUGGUUCCACCUCUUUAACUGUAUAAUUCUGCCAAUAAAUGAUCUUAAUAAGCAAUCAUCCUAUGAUAGAACGAUUGCAAUUUUCCAACAGCACAUAAAUGAAAUUGUUCGCACUCUUGAUCAAUUCCUGCAAUCGUCGAAAUAUGGUGACUUUAAAUCUCGGCUCGAAUUAAUUCGUUGUUUCUACGAACACCUUUGUAAACUGGAUCAUUUUUCAAAGUUUAAUACACAGAAUAAUUCGAGUGGGGAAAUGCAUAAAUCGUUUUAUAAACAAACAGCUGAUGUGCUUUGGAACGUCUACAAGUAUUAUUCUCAAUUUAUUUGUGAACUUGAUAAUGCAUUAGCUGAUAUGCGUAAGCCUAUAGAAAAGGACCUUUGUCAGUUCGUAAAGAUUGCUAGUUGGAAAGAUAUAAAUAUUUAUGCCUUAAAGCAGAGUGCCCAAAAAACCCAUCGACAUUUAUCGAAAUGUAUUCGAAAACAUCGAGAUGUACUUGAUAAGCCGGUCACUGAUAUUAUAGCAUCCUGUCAAACGGUUGUCCCCAAAAGCAAGUUAGAAAGUAAUAGUUCCAAUGCUACUGAGUAUUGUACGUACAGUUGUCCGGAAAAUUGGUUUUCGAACACUAUUCCUAUUGAUCCUCCUGCAACGACAUUGGAGUUACAAAUAGAAUUGAGCAAAGAAGUAUUAUCUGUUCCUGACCGAUUCAUAAACAUUGAUAAAACCUUGAAAAAAUUCCGUUAUUAUUGUCUUAAUGAUAUUUUCUUGUAUAGGCCACUUAGUAAAAAACCUAUUCUUGAUGAUUUUGCUACAGAAAUUAUUAUGCGAAUAAAAACGCUUCAAGAACAAACACAUUACAUAAUGGAUAAAGACAAAAAAAACUAUAUCAAAAAUCUUAAAUUGGUAAAGAAGAAGGCUUUAGUUGAUCUUUUAAAAGAAUUGAAAAGGAUCGGAUUGUGCAAAUUUCCAAAUACAAAGGUUGUAAAGCAACAGCAAGAUCUGGUUGGUUAUACUUUUCAACUUCCUAGGAUUCGAAUAACCAAAUUAUUGUAUGAAACUGUAGAAUCCUUACUUCAUAAGGAUGAGUCCACAUCAAAACCUCCAGUUACGCUUAUUUUCGUACCAAUUUUGCAAAAAGCUGAUAAUUAUUAUUACCGAAUUAUUGCUCAAAUGACACAACUUCGACAAGUAUCCACAAUGCAUUCCAAGGAUCUUUCACUUCAAGAAGUACAGAAAGGAUUAGGUUUUGUAGAAGACUUAUUAUGUUUGUUAAUAGAAGAAAGAAAAUUCUUGUGCGAAUUAGAGCAAGAGUAUAUUGGCCUUUCAGGAGUCAUGGUACAAUUAGGCUCAAUACAUUCGGCAUACAAUUCCAAUCGCUUAAAUGCUGAAGACUGUGGAUUUGUGUGUCUCGAUUCUUUCGAUGAAAAAAGUGUACGGAAUAUCAAAAUUCUUUUAGAUGAUAUAGAAUGUAUGUUAUCACAUUCAUGCUUACUAUUUAAUAUUCAAAAACAAUUCUCAAAACAUGAAGUUUCUUUUGAAUAUGAAGAGAUCAGUCAUAAUAUUAGUAAUUGGUUUGAGAAGAUUUCCGCAGUUCGAAAAAGAUUUAUUUGCGUAUUCGACAGAAUUGUUCUAUAUCCUGAUUAUGCAAACGGAAGUGAUGCAAUUAUAACUCAAGAUAUUAUAAAAAUGGUAAAGAAUGAGAUUCCAAUAAUUAAUACUUUGCAUACAUAUGUUAAAAGUCUAUGCUCUCGCCAUCCGGAUCUUUCCCACAUUUUCCAGCCGCUUUGUGAAUACAUAACUUCCAAAGAUAGCCUAUUUCAAUUUUCGAAACAAGAUGAUUAUACGCAUUUAAGUUUAGAUAAAGAAACAAAGUUAACUCUCGGACGUAUUGUUUACAAAAUCAACAAUUUACUUGAUGAAAUCCUACUAUGUAUCCAAAAUUUAAGAAAACUGUCCUCUCAAAACAUUAAUAGCGCUCAAGACGAUAUUCAUCACCAACAUCAAGAAGACAUGCAUGAUGGUUAUAUCCGUUGUGAACAUGAACGUUAUAUAAACUUUUUAAAGAAACUGCAAUUAAAAAUUAUUUUGGGUCAUUUCGACGAAAUCCAUUCGCAAAUUUCUGAAUUAAUGGAUGAUAAUAGAUUUAAAAAUGAUACUUGUCGGGAUUUAAUUUCAUGUUUGUUGCAAAGAAUCUUUCCAUUCAUCCAGCAGUACUUUAUGAUCGUUAAUGGAUUUAUGACAAACUUUAUUUUACACAAUAAAUCAUUGUGUAAACUCUCAUUGGUACUUUGUAACUCUUUUGUAACUAUAUUUACAAAAGGAUUCUGUAUGCCAGAGACAGAAAUGGAAGAAGAUGAAUCAGGAGAGAUCGAUGAUAAUGCACAGGGAACUGGUAUUGGUGAAGGUGAUGGCACAAAAGAUGUGAGUGACGAAAUAGUUAAUGAAGAGCAAGUGUUGGGAACCCAGAAUCAGACCGAAAAGUUGUCAGAAGAACCAACUAAUCCAAACAUAGAAAAUAAUGGAAUUGAAAUGGAAAAUGACUUUGAAGGAACACUAGAAAGUACUGAACAACUUGACGAUACGGAUUCAUCUCAGGAAGACGAUGACUUGUCGAAUUUGGAUGAGCAAAUUGGCAAUCUUGAUGAUGAUGACCAAAACGUUGACGAAAAAAUGUGGGGAGAUGAUACGUCCGAUCAUGAGGAUAGUGGAGAAAUUGUUAAUCAAGAGCAUAAACAAUCUGACCAAAAAGGCGAAAUGGAUAUUAUUGCAAAAGAAAAUUACAAUGAUUCUAAACAGGAAUCUCAUCAACCCAAACAGUCAGGUGAAGAAAAUAUGAGUGGAACUGAAGAAGAAAUUUCAAAUGAUCAAAACGAGGAUCAAAAUGAUGAUGAGUGCGAUAUGCAAAUCAACAAUCAAACUAAGAUUGAAUUCGACAUUCCUCCAGUUGAAAAUUUAGAUCUUCCAAAUGAUAUGAAUAUAGAAGAUCCUGAUGAUGAAUUUGACAAUCAAGACAAUGGAAAUGAAGAUCUUGAUGAUUAUGAUGCCGAUAACCUUGAUAAUGAAGAUGAUAUGCAUAUAGAUGUACCUGAACUUGACACCAUUCAAGAACCUUUCACGAAAGAUCAAGACGAUAAUAAUUCUGUCAAUUCAUUGCUAACUGAGAAUAUGGUAGAUGAACCAGACAGCACUAAUGAUAUGGAUGAUGUGCAGCCUGGUAAUGAAGUUGAGGAACGAUCAGAGAAAAAUAAUAACUUCGAUUCAUUAAAGGAACAUGAUCAAAAAACAGUUCCUAUUAAUAAUACCCAAAUGGAAAGUAGUGAAAGAGAGAAUAAUACUGAAGAAUCAUUCAAUCAAGAACAUCCAAAUUCCGAAAUCACUAACGAAAACAUUUAUGGUAUUGACGGACAAUCAGGUAAAGUGACUACUAUCCCAGAAGAAAGAUCUCGUAAAGACUCGCAAGUCGUGAGUGAGAACAAUAUUAAACAUGAUGAUAAUACCAUGGAUGACAUUUACCCAAGCAAUGAUGGAGAGAAUAACGAUUUAGAUAAAAAUCUUGGCAAUCGUCAAGAAAGGCCGAACUAUGAUUUAAAAGAUGCCAAUCCCCAUAGGAGCCUUGGUGACGCUCUUGAACAAUGGCGUCGGAGACUUGAAAUAAUUAAUGAUGAAAAUUCAGGCUCCCAAUUUAAUCAAAACAAUGACCCUCAAAAUAACGUAGAUAAAAAAUUAGACGAAAGUCAAAAAUUUGAGUAUAUAAAAGAUGAUGAUAUUGCUCAUGACUUUCAAGUGAUGGCUGCAGCUACUGAAGAUCAAUUAAAAGUGGUUGAAACAAUUGACGAAAAUGAUCAAACUUGUAAUUAUGAAUCGGCUUACGAAGACAAAGAGAUCGAAGUUGAAAAUUCUAUUAAUAUUCAAAAUGACAAACCUAUUUGUGAUGACUCAAUCUACAUUGAUAAAGAAGAAAACUCCCAAGAGGCAUGUAUUUCUGAACGAAGUAUAAAGAAUCAAAUUAAUGAGCAGAAACAUUCCCAAGAUGAAUCUGAAAUAAAAACUAUGAGCCAAUCCAGCUCAUUUCAAGAUCAUUUUCCCAUAGAGGAUACGGAUAGUUUACGACAGGAACUUGAAAUUAAAUUGUCGGAAUGGCGGCAGUCUGAUCGGAACAUUGCCAAAGCAAGGGAACUCUGGCAAAAAUAUGAAAAUCUUACAUAUGAUUUGGCUAAUGGCCUUUGUGAACAAUUGCGAUUAAUUCUAGAGCCUACCCUUGCCACGAAAUUAAAAGGAGAUUACCGGACUGGCAAAAGGCUCAAUAUGAAAAAAAUUAUACCGUAUAUUGCCAGUAAUUUUAAAAAGGAUAAAAUUUGGCUUCGCCGCACAAAACUAAGCAAGCGACAAUAUCAAGUCAUGAUAGCAGUUGACGAUUCAAAAUCAAUGAGUGAAACUCGUUCGAUUCAACUCGCCUAUGAGACAUUAGCUUUGAUAUCUAAAGCAUUAUCACAACUCGAAGUUGGUGAUAUUUCCAUAGUUAGUUUCGGAGAAAAAGUACAAUUACUUCAUCCUUUUGAUCAACCAUUUAGCAGCGAAGCAGGAGCACAACUUAUACAUCAAUUUACAUUUGAACAAAACAAGACCUUUGUCAGAUCAUUAAUGGAAGCAUCUAUCGAACUUUUGGAACGUGCCAGAAACAGAUAUAAUGGUAUAGCACAGAGAAAAGAGUUAUGGCAACUUCAACUAAUAAUAUCAGAUGGUGUUUGUGAAGAUCAUGAAACUCUUAAAUCUCUUGUCAGAAGAGCAACUGAGGUACAAAUAAUGGUUGUAUUUAUAAUUGUUGAUAACAAAUCAGAAAAAGAUUCUAUCAUAUCGAUGAAUCAAGUCAAGUAUAAAUCUGUGAAUGGGAUAAUGACACUUAGCAUGGAACGAUAUCUAAAUACCUUUCCGUUUGAAUAUUAUGUAAUUUUAAGAGAUAUCAAUGCACUGCCAGAAAUUCUUGCCGAUACACUAAGACAAUAUUUUAGUAUUGUUAGCCAUAAUAUUUUAUAA